CUUCAAGCGGUCAUUUGAGCCGGUAUUAGCUGUGUCUUUUUAAGAUUAAACUUGCUUCUUAAAAAAUCAUUUUCCCAUUUUUGUACAGUGUGUCUCAGCUUUACAGCUAAAAUUCGUAACAAGUAGUAGAUUUAUUAGGAAAAAAUAUUUUAUAGCUUCAUGUUGACCAGUAUAGCAAUUUAGUAGUAUUUGUAUCAUACGAUUAAGAAAUGUAUUCUUAUUAUAUCUGUGUUAUACGCUGCAUUUCAUUUCGAAAAAAGGGUGUGUCAGUGUAUCCACAGUUGUCAGGUCCAUCGAAAUUUGUGUCUGAUAUUCGUAUGCCUAUCUGCUUUUUCACCUAUCAGACACCUAUUACAUAUUCAUUAUUUUCUUGCUUUUAUUCCUUAAAUUUUAUAUGCAUAAUCACUUCAUGUAGUCAUAAUCGGUUAUUUCGAGUUUACUAUCUAUUUUUGAUCAAUUACUCAAAUGUUGUUUAGCGUUUUACUAGUUUGCUUUAAUCUUAAUAAAGCUGACAAGUUUCAUUCCUAUACGUUUUCUGGUUAAAUAAAAUCGCACGAAACGAACUGCGCGCUGUGAAUUUAUAAUCCGACACUUUAUGGAGGUGUUGAUUGUCUUGAAUUACCGUGUCUGGUCCCUUGCAUAUAUCAGCACCUCAAAUAUUAGAGACUUUGGAAAUGCUUAAAGAUUGUGACAUCUCAUCGUGGGCUGAAUAUUUGGUCACCACUUUAGAGUGUCGUACUGCAAACUUUAAAAAUGGUCAUGAACUUCAUUAUUCAGAUCCUUGACAGGUAAUAAAAUGCUUGACUUUUGUUAGUUCAAGGUGCGUUUCAGAGGUAAUUUUUUAUUUAUAACUUAUCUAUGGUAGAUGGCUUUUCAUUUAACCUUCUUUAAUAGUUCCUUUAUGAUGUAUAUUAUGAUUGUAGCUUUUCUAUACAACAAUAUCAGUUCUCUCUUCAGAUAUCACGUAUAGGAAAUACUUUUUAUUGAGGUAUAGUGAAAGUUUGCUGAUCAGCACUGUGUUGUGGAAAAUAUGCUUUCGUAAUUUUCCUCUUUAAUGGUAUAAUUUGAAGAUCAUUUAAGACAUAUCUUCCAUAAAAAUAUCUGUAUCGUAUGUUAUUGUAGGUUUUACUUUUAUGGUAUUCUUUUGGAACUUUAAUACUUUCCAAACGGAUAUUAGUCAUUAUUGCGAUUAUUUUUACAAUUUUACUAGGCAUUUAGGGGAUGCUUUAUAUAAUUAUCGCUACUGCAAUUGUCGUUGUUGGAUUCCAUAUUUACAAACGUAAAUCUAAUAAAGUCACAUUUCCUCUUGACUGCUUUUUAAAUGAGCAGUCUGCAGCUAUCGAUUAUGAAGGAAACACCCGCACAUCCGUUACUUAUACUACCAUUCCAGAAGUAUGUGCCAAUUUGUCUACUGUUUGUGAAGUGUUUCUGUCUGGGUUGAAUUUUUCAAGAAAUUCACUGUCUACUCUCUUGGUUGGCGCGAGAAUCGGUUUUCUAACCAAGAAUAUUCAAGGAUUAUUAGCCGAUUUACAAGCUGUCAAACCACAUUUCUUUUUCACUGUUCCUCGCGUUUUAUCUCGAUUGUAUUCCGUUGCAAUGGAAAAGGUUUCAUCUGUUCCUUUACUACCUAGCAUAUUCCAUUAUGCAGUUGAAUCUAAAGUUGCAGAACAAGAAAAAAAUAUAUACGAUAAUUCAAGUAUCUGGGACUUUAUAUUCUUCAAUAAAAUUAGACGAACAUUGGGUGGUCGUGUCAAAGUAAUAGUCUCUGGUAGUGCACCCGUUGCAAGUGAAAUUUUACGUUUUACACGGGCAGUUUUUGGCUGUCCAGUAAUAGUCGGUUAUGGUUUAAGUGAAUCAUGUGGCGUUAUUACGCUUACACUGUUUGGUGAUAAAACCCUGGAUCAUGUUGGUGCGCUUAUCCCAGGUGUUUCAGCCAAACUGGUAGAUGUACCGCAUAUGGGUAUCAACGUUGAUAAGAUGAAAAUGGGUGAAGUAUGUGUUAAAGGCCUAAAUUGUACUCAAGGGUAUUACAGCGAUGAAGAAAGCACAAAACAACUCAUUGACAAAGAUGGAUGGCUGCAUACUGGUGACAUUGGUAGUUGGACAAAAGAAGGUUGUUUAAAAAUUGUCGACAGGUGUAAAAACAUAUUUAAACUCUCACAAGGCGAGUAUAUUGCACCAGAAAGAUUGGAAAAUAUCUACCAACUCAGUCCACUAGUUGAGCAAAUCUUUGUUGAUGGCAAUUCACUUAACGAUUUUCCAGUAGCUAUAGUUGUACCAAAUAUCAAAGAGUUGACUAAGCGCAUAGUGGCUAAGGCGAAUUUAAAUGACCCAUUGUUAUUGAACGGUAAUAAAAAAGAGACUGAGGUGUCUAAAUACAAUUUCAAUGAUUCUAUUCCAAUAGUAGAUACUUCAACACUAUGUUCACAGCCUGCAGCACGUAAAAUUGUUGUUUCAGAAUUAGAAAAUUUAGGAAGGAAAAGAGGACUAAAAGGAUUUGAGAUAAUUAAACGUGUUCACCUUUCUUCGUUUCCAUUCACUGUGGAAAAUGGUUUGCUCACCUCGAAUUUGAAAUUGGUGAGAUCUCGACUACGGGAAACAUUUUCAGAUAAAUUACAUUUGUUGUACGAAGAAGCGUGCUCAUAA